AAACCAAUAACGGCUUAUCCUUUGUUUAUCGGUUUUCAUUCCAAUGACACUAUUCUCUCUACAAAGUGAACUUUACUCAGAAUUCCCACUUAGAGAAAUUGGAAAUCAAGGUCUCACUAAACGGAUUCUCAGAAAUGGUAUCACUUGGCAAACUCCAUUCUCUGGAGACCAAGUUGAAGUUCAUUUCAGAGGUCAAGUUGAAAAUGGACCGUCACUUGAAUCAAGCUAUGAUAAAGGGUCCUCGUUUCAUUUCAAAUUAGGCCACGGGGAAGUUAUCAAGGGUUGGGAUGAAGGAGUUGCUACAAUGAAAAAAGGGGAGAGAGCAAUCUUGAAAAUACCACCUAAUUUAGCAUAUGGAGAAGUAGGUUCUCCACCGUUGAUUCCUCCAAAUGCAACUCUCAUUUUUGACAUUGAAAUGUUGUCUUGGAGUACCAUCAGGGACUUGACUAGCGAUGGAGGAAUCAUGAAAAAGAUUAUAAAGGAUGGAGAAGGAUGGGCUACUCCAAAAGAGCUUGAUGAAGUUCUAGUGAAAUAUGAAGCAAGGCUUGAGAAUGGAAAGCUUAUGAAGUCUGAUAAAUGUGUAGAGUUUAAUGUAAGUGAUGGCUAUCUUUGUCCAGCCAUGAGUAUAGCAGUAAAGACUAUGAGAAAGGGGGAGGUUGCAGAGCUUGCUUUGAAAUUAUCUUAUGGCCUAACUCAAAAUUCAAAUAGAGCCAUUGAGCUUGAUGGUUUACCAGAUCCUAAUUUAAUUAGCAUCAAACUUGAGCUGGUAUCAUGGAAAGUUGUUACUGAUAUAGUUGGAGAUAAAAAGAUACUGAAAAAAAUCAAUAUAGCUGGUGAGGGGUUUGAUCGUCCUAACGAGGGAUCCCAAGUGAAAGUCAUAUAUUUCUGUAAAGGAGAAGAUGGUAAUAUUAUUGAGACUAAAGGGUCAAAGGAAGAACCUUUUGAGUUCACAACUCAAGAAGAACAGGUGAAUGAGGGUCUAGAAAGAGCAAUAAUGACAAUGAAAAAAGCAGAACAUGCUCUGGUGACUGUCAAUGCUGAAUAUUUUCGUGACCAUAGUAAUUUACAAGGAAACAAGACAAAUAAUAAAAUCCUUCACUAUGAAGUUGAAUUGGUUGAUUUCAUUAAGGAGAAGCCAUUUUGGAAAAUGGACACCAUAGAGAAACUAGAAGCUUGUGAGCAGGGGAAGCAUGAUGGAAAUCUGCUGUUCAAGGCUCAAAAUUUUAGGCGCGCAUCACAGAAAUAUGAAAAGGCUGUGAAAUACAUUGAAUUUGAUCACACAUUUAGUGACGGUGAGAAGCGUCAUGCUAAUUCCUUGAGAUUAUCUUGUAAUUUGAACAAUGCUGCUUGUAAACUUAAAUUGGGAGAGUACACUGAAACUGCCAAGCUAUGCACAAAGGUCCUAGAACAAGAUCACUUAAAUGUGAAGGCUCUUUACAGAAGAUGCCAAGCAUACCUUAAAACAUCAGAUUUGGAGAAAGCUGAAGCUGACAUUAAAAGAGCUCUAAUUAUUGAUCCAAAUAACAGAGACAUUAAACUUGAGUACAAAGAGCUCAAACUGAAGCAAAAGGAGUACAGUAAAUAUGAGGCUAACAUCUUUAGCACAAUGGUUUCAAGGAUGAAUUAAUUGAAAAAGUGAAUUUGUGUUCCACAUUUCUUUUUGAAUUAUAAAUAUGUCUGCUGUAAUGUGUAUUGUUAUUUUAAUUUUGGGGCUUAACCCAAAUGUUACUUCAGCAUAGACAUAAAAUUAACCUCAAAGUUGGAUCCUCACACUUCAAUGAAGAAGAAUCAAUUAAGAAUGGGUUGGUUUUUCAUACAA